UUCCAGAAGAUACAACUGAAGCCAAUGGAACAAAAGAAUCUAACAAUGCCAGCUGAGUUCAUUCUGAUGGGAGUGACAAGGCAGCAUGAGCUACAGCUCCCCCUCUUUUGUCUCUUCUUUUCUAUCUACAUGAUCACAGUGGUGGGAAACCUAGGCAUGGUCAUUCUGACACAGGUGGAUCCUCACCUACACACACCUAUGUAUUUUUUUAUCAAACAUUUAGCUUUCAUAGAUCUUGGCAAUUCCACUGUCAUUUGCCCCAAAAUGUUGGUUAAUUUUGUUGUGGAUGUAAAUAUCAUUUCCUAUUAUGCAUGUGCUACACAGUUGGCUUUCUUCCUUAUGUUCAUUAUCAGUGAAUUUUUCAUUUUAUCAGCCAUGGCCUAUGACCGCUAUGUAGCUAUAUGUAACCCUCUGCUCUACAAUGUUAUCAUGUCUCCAAGACUUUGUCUCCUCCUGGUGGGCAUUCCAUACCUCUACAGUACAUUUCAGGCCCUGCUGUUCACUAUUAAGAUUUUUACCUUGCCUUUUUGUGGCUCUAACAUCAUCAACCAUUUCUACUGUGAUGAUGUUCCCUUGGUACCUAUGCUUUGUUCAGAUUCACAGGAAAUAGAAUUGUUAAUCAUACUCUUUUCAGCAUUUAAUUUGAUCUCCUCCCUCCUGGUAGUCCUACUGUCUUAUACACUGAUUCUGUUAGCCAUAUGUCGAAUGCACUCUGCAGAGGGCAGGAAGAAGGCUUUCUCCACCUGUGGCUCCCAUCUGACAGUGGUGGUGGUGUUCUACGGGUCUCUACUCUUUAUGUACCUGCAGCCCAAAUCCACUCACUCGUUUGAAACUGAUAAAACGGCUUCUGUGUUUUACACAUUAGUGAUUCCCAUGCUAAACCCUCUGAUUUAUAGCUUACGGAACAAAGAGGUGAAAAAUGCCUUCUACAGGGUAUUUAAAAAUCAGUGCAAACUUUGUACAUAG